AUGAUCACAAAAAUUACAGCUCUUUUUCUCUGUUUAUUAACCAUUGUAGAAGCUGAUUACUUAUGUAACUGUUAUUGUCCACCUGACAACACUUACGUUGGAUAUGGUAUUAUUGAAACAUCCUCGACAAUAUGUGAUACUCAAAUUUGUACAGAUAAUUGUGUUGGUUUUACUCCUAAUUGUGAAUUAGGUUCAACAUGGGGAGAAUGUCGAAACGUAGGAAGUAGUGUAACAGCAUCUUUCUUUAGUUUUGCAUUAGGAUUAACUGCAACUUUGGCUAAAAAAUAUCUUUAA